AAUUAAAAUGUGUAUUUCCGAAAACAUUUAAAAAAUAAACUUUGCCGGGCUUAAAACCCUCUGCUCUCGUGCAACAGCUGUUAUGCAAGUUCUUUUUUAGUACAUUUGAGGAUUUUCGGUUAAAUUCUUGUUGUAUUUUCCAGCAAGUGUGCUUCGGUCUCAUCAUUUCCUCCUUGGUGUCAUAAUUAAACGCUUCAUAAUUUUUUUUUCAAUUAAAACUUAAACCUUUGCUAGUGAAAUGUUGAAGCUGCGUCCAGUAAACCAGUUACGAUUGGUCUACCUGCGCGGCCUGUCCGGACAACCACUGGCACAGAGCCAGUGGAAUAAUGGUGCGGACGAGGAGUACACCGCGCAGCCGGUAUAUCCGGAGAUCCGCAAUCUGACUUACAAGGCCCGCAAGCAGCGGAAUGCCGCCGACUGGCACGAGGAGAUCCGUCAGGUGCCGACAGUCGAGGAGAAGCUUAUCAAAAUAAAUAUGCCGCGCUACUACGGCUACAAAGUGGUAGAAUUCAACGACGCCAAGAUUCCUUACAAUGCGCUGCCGAUAACGCAGCACUACACUCGAACGGUGCUCGAGAAGGCGCAGCAGGGUGCCAAGACGGAGAACAAAGCGCCGGAGAAGGCGGGCGCUGACGAUGCCGUUUUUAAAGCCGUCCGCGAAGAUGUCAUCGAAGCCCUUGAGUUUGCCCAUGACUACAGCGAGCACCUGGACAAGCAGCCCAACGCUGCUCCUCUCGAUGUGGUAGCCCACGAGCGGCAGCUAACCCAGAUCAUCGUCGAGCAGCUGAACAGAGUGUUGCUGCAGGCUCUCAGUGCCGACUACGCUCACUUGAAUGAGGUCGAGGUGGACUACAAUCCGCGCCAUGAAGCCUUCUGGGCGGUGGGAGGAGUAGAUCCACCAAAGAACGUAGUUAAGUCGAAGAAGGGCCAAAAGUGGCAGGAGGAUGCGGCGAACGACCCCGUCGACCGGCUUGUGCAAUAUACGGGUGCUCCGUACUUGUCCCUGCGCCAUCGCCACCAACUGGCGCCUUGGAAGACACCGGCAGAGAGCGAAAGCGUUGAGUUGAGCAAACAAAUACCGCGCUUUAAGCACGACGCCCGCACCCUAGGCUACAGCACCAAGCAUCAGCAUGCCACCAACGUGCCCGGUUACUGGCCCAGUGUAAAUGGCCAGAACUUCGGCCUGCUCUCCUUCCAGUCAAGGGCGCACCUGCAGCUGCGACCGACGUCAUACGGUGAGCGCGAUCUGCUGGAGGCCCUCGAUGCUCUGGCUAUCAAAUCCUCGUACGCGUGGCUUCUCGCCCAGGCCAACUACAAUGGCUUUAACACGUACAACGAGCUCACCUAUCCCCUGAACACACAGACUGUGAUCACAAAUGGUCGGGAGUGGAGCUUCUACGACUACCAGUUGAACACGCUGCUGGUGCACGGCGACAACGUGGAUAGAAACCCGCGGGUAAACUUCUGCCGCGGGACCGAACCCUUGCCCCUGUACGCCGAGAUAUCGCCAAAGGGCAAGUGCGUGGAUUUCAACGACGUCGUGCUGAGGCAGCUAAUAAACAUGUACGCCAACGUGCCAAGUGUCCGGCGCAGCACACAGGAGGAACAACCGUACGUAGCCUCUCAUAUUUCGACCUAUGACAGCGCGGAACAACGCGAGUUUAUUGCCAAGACUGUGAAACACUUGGCCUCGAACCGUCCGCGUCACUUGGAACUGCCGGAGACGUACAUGUGGGAAAAACUAUACAAGAUCGAUAAUAAUACCCGCGCAAUGGAGGCAAAGCGACGAUUCUUUGAGCUGGAUGUGAAUCCGUGGAGACGAACCCUCGACCAGCACGACAAGGAGUAUGUGCCACGGGCACUUCGGCCAGGGCCGAAAAGAAACGAAGGUCGCCGUAAACCGACAUACUACCCUUGAGUUAAUUCAUACAAAAUAUUGUUUUAAAAGCCGAUGAAUGGAUUGUUUUGCCUUGUUAUGAUUGCGAAAUAAACUUGCCAGUCGAACAUGUAACGAUUUGGCAGGCCAGUAAA